GGCCCUGAGGGCGGGGCCUGCUGUUGGCCUUCCCUCUUUCCCUCUUUUCCUCAGCCCUUUUCCUUCUUUCUUUCCUUCCUUCUUUCCUUCUGGCGUUCCCGUCCUGGUCCCUGCGGUCCUGUGGUGCGGGAGCUCACCGUCUCCAGUCCGUGCGUGGGAUUUUGCCGGGGCGGCUGCCGCCGAGAUGUUGGACGUCAAGGCUUGGGCGGAGUACGUGGUGGAAUGGGCCGCGAAGGACCCUUACGGCUUCCUCACCACGGUGAUCCUGGCCCUGACCCCGCUCUUCCUAGCUAGCGCGGUGUUGUCUUGGAAGCUGGCAAACAUGAUUGAGGCCCGGGAGAAGGAGCAGAAGAAGAAGCAGAAACGCCAGGAGAACAUCGCCAAGUGCAAGCGCGUGAAGAAGGAGUGAGUCUGUCGGUGAGCGGCCGCGAGGCGGGAGAAUGAGGGGCCCGGGAACUGCUCAGAAAGGCUUCGCCCGUGAUCUCCCGUCACAUCUGCCGUCCUGCUCGGUUGGGCCCCGUGAAACAUCUCCACUCUAACCGCGAUGCUGCACCCAGUCGUCGCUCGACCGCCGGGCGCCCGUUGGCCGGGGUCCAACGGCCGUAACUCCUCAGUUCCCGGCAGGCGCACACCCUAGAGAUUCCCGCUUCCUUUGGGGGCCUGGCCGCCCCGCUGCCCUCCUGUCCCGCGGGCGGGGAAGCCAAGACUCCCCCUCAGACAAGGGGCGGGAGUUGAGCCUCUGCUCUGGUCACAGCGUGGCCAGGGGGGUCCGUCCCGGGCGGGUAGCAAGGUUAUUUUAGAAACAUAAAGGUCUGGGCUUCGGGUGCGGCUGUCGCCACUCUUCUUUUUCCAACGAGGGACUGCGGCUCCUCUGCUCCGGACCCCACAGUAAAUCCCGUUGUUUUUGCACCACUUCGUCUGGUUCCUCCGAUGAGCUGCGACCGGGCCCUGGGCAAAACGGAGCCGGUGUGCGCCAGGGAAGACCUCCGGGCUCUCUCGGGACCUGGCAUGCCGGGGGUGGGAGCCACUUUUUUAGGUCGGGCGUUGGGACGCUCACGCUGUUUCCAGUGACUCUUAGGCCCCCCUCCGACCCUUUGGCUUUGGACUCCUCCCUGGGCUCUGCUGCUAAGAAGAAGGAUGGGAUGGCGCGGCCUGGUUCCAGCGGGAAGGAUGGAGUGGUUGGAGCUCGACUUCUGGGGGCCGGGGUUACGACUAGCAAGGCGAGCUCGUACUAUCGGGGAGGUAGGUGUUGAAAAUCAAUUUCUUCUCCGUUUCAGUAUCUGGUAAAAGACAGUCUUCCCCAGGGCUGGAAAAUUCCGGCGCGCACACAUGGGAACGAGAGGGUGGGAAGCUCCUCUCCUCCCGUCUGCCCCCGUGAGCCGGCUCCGCGGCCCCGACUGACACAGACUCGGCCCGUCUAGUCCGUGAGGAGCCUGCCUCCCGCCGCCGCCAGCUCGGAUCCGGCCCCGGCAGCGCGUGGCCGUCUCUGGGUCCGCCGGCCCCGGCGUCAGAUCCCCGUGACGCUGUCCCUCUUGGACAGAUCAGGACGGGGUAUUUUUCAUAUCUGAUAGAAAUCGAAGUUUAAAAUAAUUAACCAGAAUGCACCAAUACUAGAUCACUUGACCACAAAAUUUGCCGAACGAAUAAAUUUGAUACUUUCGUAAAGAG